AUCAAGGGGAACCUCGUCAAGUUCGACACCUUCCUCAAGGAGAACGAGGUGAAGCGCGUGCGAGCGAUAAAGAAGGCGGAGCAUGAACGAGAACUGCUGAAGAUGAAGGAGAGGGAGCUGGAGGUUCUGAGCGGGGAGCUGAGGGUUCUGUCUGCGGAGCGCGACCGGCUGGCGGCGGAGGUGGACCGGAACCAGCUGUACCCAGAAUACCUGAUACAGGUGGUGAAGCUCUGCAAACAGUUUGAUGAGCCUCGACAGGUGAUGUCGCGUUUCGCUACCCUCGUGACGACGCGUGAGGACCUGCUGGCGGGAGCGAAAGAGGGAGAGGAGAGCGUCAACCGAGCGCUCGCACAGCAGGCGGCAUUCAUAGAACACAGCAACGACCAGAUCAUACACUACAGUAACCAGCUGGCACAAUUACAAACUCAGCUGGACUCCAUCACCAGCCAGGCCAUGAUGUGGGAGUCGCGCUGGGUGCACAUCCAGAACACGGCGGCUAAGAAGACUCUGUUGCUAGGCACCAUCAAGAUGGCGACCCUUAACCUCUACACUAGCAUGUGCGGCAAGGACAAGCCCACGCAGAAGGGGUACACUGUGGAGGACACACUGGAACAGCUGGGGAAGAUUCAGUGUCUGAUGACGAACCUGAACGGCAUCAUGGACGAAGUGCGGAAGUUUGAGCUGAAGGAGCAGCGUUAGCACUGACUAGCUAACUAGCAUUAGGAUACGCCACAAACACACACACACACACACACACACACCAUUAACACUAACUACCUAGCAUUAGCAUAGACACAUGAUUGGCAUAAACACUUGCACUAUACCCACUAGAACUAAACAGCGCUUAGCGUAGUAGACACAAGUCCAAGGCAAUAGCUUCGCGUAGACAAGAGCACCAUUACUAAUUAGUUCUAGACAAAAGCUUAGCAUAGACGCUAGCAUCAUACAUGCUAUUACUGCUUAGCAUACAGGCUAGUAUUAUACAUGCUAUUACUGCUUAGCAUAGACGCUAGCAUCAUACAUGCUAUUACUGUUUAGCAUAGACGCUAGCAUCAUACAUGCUAUUACUGACCUAAAAUGGUGGCACUGGGCUCUGGCCACGCCCAAAGGCUGAGCACACCAUCAUAACGCAGCUAUGCAUGUUAACACGCCAUCAUAAGGCAGCUAUGCAUGUUAACACACCAUCAUAACGCAGCUAUGCAUGUUAACACCAUCAUGACGCAGCUAUGCAUGUGUCAUACACACCAUCAUAACGCAGCUAUGCAUGUGUCAUACACAUUUUGUGACUGUUGUCAUUAAGUGACAUUCGGUUAUGGUAAACACAGUCCUAGCAAAGUCAACUUUUCAUGACAAUAAAGCGUUUGACAUUGA